ACAACGCCCGCCCUCUACCAAUUCCGCGGCCAUGGUUGCGCUCAAGGGCAUCCCGAAGGUGCUGUCCCCUGAGCUGUUGUUCGCGCUUGCGCGGAUGGGGCAUGGAGACGAAAUUGUCCUUGCAGAUGCGAACUUCCCCACCUCCUCCAUCUGCCAGUGCGGGCCUGUUGAGAUCCGAGCCGACGGCCUGGACAUCCCACAGCUCCUGGAGGCGGUGCUGAAGCUCCUGCCCCUGGACACCUAUGUGGAAACCCCGGCUGCUGUCAUGGACCUGGUGCCCAGUGACAAGGAGAAGGGCCUGCAGACCCCGAUAUGGAACCAUUAUGAAUCCCUUCUCCUCAAAGCUGACUGCAAGAAAGCCCUGAUGAAGAUAGAGAGAUUUGCAUUUUAUGAGCGUGCGAAAAAGGCAUUUGCUGUUGUUGCAACCGGGGAGACGGCACUCUAUGGAAACAUCAUCCUCAAGAAGGGAACUCUUGACCUCGGACCCUCAUAGAGACCAGGCUGACAGUUGGCUGUGCCUAAACCCAAUCAGCACACCUUCCUUUGGCAGCAACCAGCCCUGGACAUCAGCCUCAGAUUAAAGAUGGCAGAUCUUGAGAGACUCUAUUGACCCUGACAAAUUCCCCCUUCUGUGAUCUGUGAAAUUGAUGGAGGAGUCAUUGUCAAUUUUUAAAGGUUUUGUACUUGUAAA